AUGGCUCGAUUGAUGCUGUUACUUUUGGUGAUCGCCCCUUUGAUUCUUACCUCUAAAGCUGAAAGUGGACAAAGGGUAAUUCAGUUUAAAAUAUUGCGUUUUCACCAAGACAGUUUUUACUUUAACUCUCCCGAAGUUGAAUGUGGUGCCGUUGAUUUUCGCGCUUAAUAUUUUAUUCUAUGGUGUAUUAUGGGCUAUCGAUGCUUACGCUUUUUUCACACGGAGGUCACAGAUCGAGGUCGAAAAUUUGACUGGCGUGGUGUGAACACCAUGGCCGUUGAAAUUCUUGUACGGCAAAGGCGUGGUUGCAUGGAUGAGUGGUUAUUCAGCUGGGAGACGCCAGGCGGAUGGUACAACCAUCGUAGAAAUUAGAAUUCGAUCCGGUUUGUCAUUUUUAUGUGAACAGAGCGAAAAUUUUGAACGGUUCCGCGUGAACGAGAUUUUUAGCGGGUUACACAAUUGUCCGAUGCCGUGAUGUGAUCGCUAAAGAACAAGUGUCUGACAGCCACGCAUUAUGCCUAGGGCUUAUUGAAUAAAAAGGUAAGAAUCUCAUUCACGUGUCCUGACUAAAGAGACCCGUAUUUAUAUGGCCAUUUACAUAAUAAUAUAUAUAGCGAAGUUACUCAUUUGUCUAUAGUCAGUUAUUAAAUACAUUAAUAAAAAAAUGUGGUACCACUUCUUAUUUACAUGUGUAUUCGUAGGCAUAUACAUUCAAGUUAUCCAAAGAUAAGUACGAAAGCAUCAAAGUCGAUGCUAACAAGAACUCAGAGACUUUCUCUUUGCGUCAAGCUUCGUCGGGCAAGAAGGAAGGAGACUAUGUCUACGACUUCAACAAGGUCAGUAAGUAACAUAAAAGGUCAAACCAAUCAACUGAAUUUAAUCUAAAUCUGGAGUCUUCUUUUUUUCUAUUUCUGUUUAAAACUUGAAAUUAUUUCUAAUGCGAUCUAGUCAAACCUUAGUUUCUCUGACUUUCGGUCUUUAUAACGUUAAGAUAAAAGGCGGAUAUGAAAUGCGAAAUUAUCACUGUGCAGUUUUUCGGAAACGACGUCUCUAAAAUGGACAUAAAACGCCAUUUUUCUAUGGUUUCUGACCAAGAGAAGAUAAAGGGGAAAGAGAAGGCAUACCCCAUACACACCCUAUUCCAUGGGUAGUUCGUCUCGACUUAUUUUUAAGACCACAGAUCCCAAGGAUCCACAGAUCCACGUAGCGCGCGAGGUAACUUUAUCCCGAUUCUAAAAAUAACUCGAGAAGGAUUACCUAUGGAAUAGGGUGCGUAUGGGGGAUGCCUUCUCUGUCCCCUUUAUCCUCUCUUGUUUCUGACAGAACAUAAAGCAAGAGGACCAAAACUAUAUACAAGAUGAUAUAAAAGAGCCUCUUGAUUUCUUAUCGAUUAGCCUGUAUAAUAAUUAUAAGUUACGAUUGGAGUUUUCAUAAAAUAAGUCGACGCCGAAAGAGAUAUAGUUGACCACGGCACUAAGCAAGCAAAGAAAAAUUAGAAGCCUAAUCUGGGACUCUCACUUUUGUUCAGUUGGUUUGAUUCAAAAUGAUAAACUAAAAAGGUAACUUUGAUAAAAUUACCUAUUAGACAAUCACGUUCUUUUUAUUUAUUUAUUUUUUAUUUAUUUUUUAUUUCUUUCUUCACUAUCCUUUUGUAUCUAUUGAUCCUUGCUUUGUAUUGGCUUAACUUUACUGCAGAACUUGACGAUGAUUCGAUUGCCAGAAGCAAACGGCUGCUUUUUAAGAUACUCCAUCGGAAACGUUCCUCGACCUGCUGACUUGCUGAAACUACUUCAGUUGGUACGUGUCUGAUGAUCUAAAACAAACGACGUUUAAAUUAGCGUCAGGCUAAUUUUUAAUGUACGAGUUUUUAACUUAAGUUCCUAUAAUACAUGCAGCAAUCAAUAUCGGAAAAAAAGGACUUAAUUGAGGCCAAUUAGGCCUGUAAUCAUACGCGAUACGAAUGAUUAAGCAAAAUCAGGCGGGCCAUUUAAGGAGUAUCCGAUUCGUCUAAUUAUAACACCAGCUGAUUACAGAGAGAAUUUAAUAACACGAACUUCCUCAACAGUUAAUCAUAACUUAACGAAAAUGACAGUGCAAAGAGAAGAACACACUUUAAGUUUUAAUGUCUUUUUUAUAUAUAUCUAAGGAGACAAGAUCCACCCAAUCGGUUUUUGGCCACAAUUAAGAUAAAAGAACCCAUUUGAGUCCAAUCUCGUCAAAUGUCAGCGCUAUCAUUAGUUUUUAACAGUUACUGCAUGAUGUCUUUUUUUACCAUCCAGUUACACGUUCUGUCCUUUUAGUAAUUACUAAAUCAGGUUACCACUAGCUAAUUACACUGGAGAGAUUUGUUUAAAGUAUUUGUUUAUUUAUUUAUUUCAGUUACUAAUUUCUUUAUUUAUUCAUUCUAAGUUCUACCUGGAAUUUUGAUGACCCUGGCAACCUAUUGAUAAUUCCACUCGAAAUUAUUCAUUAAUUUUUUCACUCUGGUUUACACAAUUCACAGAUGCAGAGGAGUGCAGAUUCUAAAGCGACCACUGAGUCAGAGGAGAAUUUCAAGGCUGUUGGUAAGCUGAGUGACCGUUCGGGCUUGAGUGACGAGAUGAAGGAUCUGUGUGCAGAGUUGCCAAUUUACCGAAUCCGGAAGAUAAAUGAGAAACAGAAUGACGCUGAUCAGAUGGAAGAUCCAAUAAUGGGUGCAAACGAUUUAGUAGAUGUAGUAAAAGAAGGGGUUAAAGGUAAGGUUGUAGAAGCUAUAACAAUUAUACAAUUGUCUCAUGUUUUAACUGGUGAAAGGAUUGAUCAACUAAAAGGCAACAUUUGUAGGCCCUGCAAAUGUAUAACUAAGAGAGAACCAAAGGCAUCAUAUCUUCUUUUUGUAUGAAGACCCUUUUAUACCAAGAAACCCGUUUAAUUUAAACCAGAUUUAACAAAAAAGAAACCUGAAAAAAAAAUCCAUAGUUUUUAUCAGUCUAAGCUUUGUGUUUUUAAUUUCAAACAAUGGCGCCGUCCACACCCAUAUUCCAGGAAGGCCGAAACCGCAUCCUGCCCCAUGCUGCUGUUAUAUUUGCGUCCGCACGAAUUCUCUGUGUUGCUGUUUCAGGUUUGGAUUCACCCAUCCACAAGAAAACGCUACUACAAUUUACAUUUGCUAACUACCAAUUUUUUCCCCACUCUUCCUCGAUGGCCAGGCCUGCCUUUAUGUUUACAAUUACUAGGCAAGGCUGAUCGGACAUUUAUAAAUACAAAUCAUUUGCCCAAUAUUUCUCCGGUUAGGCAAAAAUAACCUUGAUUGGUGCUUACAUUACAAGGAUGUUACAGUUCUGCCUAUAGAUAAUUGUUCCAUCAGGCACUUAUAAACCCUGAACGAACCCAAAAUUGGCUCUGAACAAAUCCAAAAUCGGCUGUCACGAUGCAGACAACGAGUUGAAAAACAAAUUGUUGUCUACCACUUUGAAUUUGAAAAAAACAAAAAUUUAGUUUGAAAUCGAAAAUAUCUGGUUUCUGAUCGUCUAAUAUACAAAUCGGAUUUAAAAAGAUUGCGAUUUUUAAUAGAUGCGGUUUCGACGAGGGGAUUCACUGGUUUCGUGUGGCCGAUUCGUGUAAAAAAAAAAAUGUGUUUUCAAAAGUCGUAUCAACUCUAUGUACCAGGGUAUAAUUUACUUCAAUACAGUUUGGGUUACCCUUUAUCUAUCAGUAAACAUUGCAAUGACUAUACUUACUGUAAAAGAACAACGCACCUCAGUAGAGAUAAAAAUUCACACGUCUAAAGUCUAAAAACUACUACCCUACCUCAAAGCCCUUUGUUAGGUUUGCAUUUAAAUAACCUGAAAAAGUGUAUAACUCCCCUACCAUUUGUACCUAUAGGUUACGUAAGGAAAAGGGUGUGCAAACGAGUUUGUAGAGACGUGCCCAAAUGCGUCAAUGUCCCAAAGGUUAGCUGCAGUUGGAGAGGCUGUAAAACUUCUUGGCACCGAAAUUGCUGGAUCGUAAAGACCGUAUGCCCGUUGGCCUGCACAUAUGUUAUGGUCAAAGCUGGCUAA